GAGAGCGGGCCGUACUUUACUUUAUCGCGCCUUCCGACAGUUUCCAUUCUCGUACGUUCCCCUUGCUGCAGCUUCCUUCCACUCUCUACGACCUUCUUCUUCGGCGGGGUCGUCUCCCAAUUCUCCGAAGCUUCUAGAACUUUCGGGCACGUUCCACCCGAAUCUGCAUGCAUCCGAGCCGUGGGUCGGGGGCGGGGGCGGGGGCGUCGGCGUUGUCGUCGUCGCCGCCGUUCCUGAUGAAGGCGUACGAGCUGGUGGACGACCCGGCGGUGGACGACGUGGUCUCGUGGGGCGAGAACGGCUCGACCUUCGUGGUGUGGCGCCCCGCGGAGUUCGCGCGCGACCUCCUCCCCAAGUACUUCAAGCACAACAACUUCUCCAGCUUCGUUCGCCAGCUUAACACAUACGGAUUUAAGAAGGUGGUGACGGAUCGGUGGGAGUUCGCGAACGAGAGCUUCCGGCGGGGCGAGAGGAGGCUCCUGAGCGAAAUCCACCGGCGGAGGGUGUGCCCGGCGGUGGCGGUGGCGGUGCCGAUGCCGAUCCAAUCCCCGGGGAGUUCGGGGGAGGAUCCGCAGGCCUUGUCGUUGUCGUCGACCACCUCCCCUCCUCAGCUGCUGCCGCCGCCGCCGCCGCCGCCGCAUGUGGAUUUGGCGGAGGAGAACGCGUGGCUGCGGACGGAGAACGCGCGGCUCUCCCGCGAGCUCGGCGACAUGCGCGGCCUCUGCAGCAACAUCUUCCGCCUCGUCACCACCUACACCGCCGACGAGGGCACGUCCUCCGUGCCGCCGCCGCCGCCUCCACCGGCGCCGCCGCCCCCGCCGCAGGCGCUGGAGCUGUUCCCGAGGAGGACGCCGGAGGAGGAGGAGGACGCCGUGUCCGUGCUGUUCGGGGUCCCGAUCAGGGGGAGGCGGGAGCCGUCGGCGCGAGCGCCCGGCGCGGAUCCAGAGGAGUGAGGGGGGUGGGCGGCGCUGUGAGGAGCACGUGGCGGCGCCAGAGCACUGGCGGUCACGCGCGGGCGCGCCGCAGAAGAGAAGGUACGAGAAGGAGUUAGAACUUAGUAAGGUCUAGAAGGUUCGUAGAAGUCGCCAGAGUGCGACGGUGACAGUCGAGGUCUAGAAGGUUUUAGAACUCGCUAGAUGUUUUGCCUUUUGUUUUGUUUUGUUUUUGCCUUUGUUUUUGUUUUUUUUCCCAUCGUCCCUUGCGCCUUGUGGCCAUAAAUAAAUAACCUACGCUCAGAUGCUCAGGCAAAGGUGACGCAAUGCGUCCGAAGAAUAUUGUUUUUAUAAAAUAUUAGCCUGCUGAUA